GCCUUAUCAUCUGCAUCUAUCUAAUCGUAUAUCAACUGUUCCCGACCCCUCAUUUCGACAACUUACAUUCAUCCACAUAUUCCAUACAAAUCCAAGAGUAAACCAAAAUGAAAACCACGAAAAACAUCCACAUCGCUAUUCUCGACACCGACGUCCCAGUUCCAAAUGUGUACUAUGCUCGUGGGCUCUACAGUACCCAGUUCCGUACUCUUCUCUCGGCAGCAGCAAGUCGAAUAAACGAUCAAACUUGCUGUGCAGGUCAAGCGGAUGAGGAGAUUCGAGUUCAUACAACCGCUUUCGAUGCUUUGGGGGGCCAGUUACCCUCUUUGUCGAGUUUAUCUACCUCUCCAACCUCAACCUCCAAUGAUGGGAAUGAGGAGGAUGUAAACCCCCUCGCAAUCCCCAUCUCCGCAAUCCUAAUCACCGGUUCCGUGGCAUCUGUCUACGAUCCUACAUUAAAAUGGGUCUCGCCGGUAGUGGAGUUCAUCAGAACGGUGUAUGAGCGGUAUCCGCAUGUGAAGAUCUUUGGGAGUUGUUUUGGACAUCAGAUUGUUGCUCAGGCUCUUCUUUCUGCCUCUUCCUGUUCUACAGAUGGAAGUGGUAGUGUGCGGGUGGAAUGCUGCCCGGUCGGAAUGGAAGUCGGGUUGGAAAGGGUGCAACUUACAAAGGGGUUUGCAGAUGCGUUUCCUUGUCUAAAUGGCAAGAAAGAGUUGAGGCUGCAGAUGGUUCAUGGGGAUUGGGUUUCGGCUUCAGAGGAGAAGGAGGAGGUGCUUCCAUCCCCCUGGAUGAAUGUCGGGUCCACUGCGCAGUGUCCUAUUCAAGGACUGUAUUGUCCCGGACGAGUUCUGUCGUAUCAAGGACAUUUUGAGUUUGAUUCGUUUGUGAAUCGCGAGACCUGUGUGGAGUUUGGGAGGCGGCUAGGGUGGAAGGAGGACAUGAUUGCGCGGUAUGUGUUGGCCAUUGGGGAGGCCGAUGGCGAUGAGGAUGAUUCCAAGUUGGCAGCGGAAGUCGUGGUGAGAUUCCUUGCUGGGGAGGAUGAAGUGCAUAGUGUGCCAGGUCUGGAUCAGACACCAGCAAGCAGCCUCCGGGUCAGAGAAUGGCUGGGAGGCUUGAUGGGGCUGAUUGGGCAGUUGGUUAGUCGGUCUACCAAAUCAUAG